CCCGGUUUAAGAAAUGGGUAAACUACACUUUAAUUCUAUUUUUCUUUAAUAUAUUUAAAAAAAAUAAUAACUAUCGGAUUCGGCAUGAAUAUAGAAGACAAAAAUCGCUGAGAAAAAAAGAAAAAAAAAGCAUAAGAGAGAAUUUAGAAAUGAAGAAAUCAGGGGGCGGCGGUGGAGCUGCCGGCGAUAAAAAGAAGGGCCGCCGCGCCGACUCCGUCACCGAUACUGCUCCUAAGAAGCAAGCUGCGAAAAGAGAUGUCUUCCAAAUAUUUGCCGAGAGAGUUAGGAAUCAUAAGGAUCUAGAAUCUAGGUGGGCCGUCUUACAGGAGACAAGAGUUGAAUAUUUUAGAGGAAAAGAUCUUGUUAGUUUUUUGAAAAAUCAUUCAGAACUGAAGGACCUGCUUGAACAAGAUAAGAACUUAGAAACUGAAGAUAUUGCCAAUAUUCUGCUGAGAAAGAGUCUUAUAGUUCGGUGUGACCGUGUUGUCAAAACUGUUCGGCCUGGAAAGAGAAAGUUGUCUACAUGGCCUGCGCAUCUGGAAAUAUUUGCAGAUCAAGUGUUCUCUGAUAAUGAUGCGUUUUUCGCGUGGACUUUUGUGAACCGAAGGCCAUUAUGGCAGACUCUCCUCUCAUUUUUCUGGCCCGUUUUGACUCUGGCAAUCUGCUUGUUUCCUGUGUAUCCUCACCAAGUGAAGCUUUUUAUACUCUACUUCUGUGCGGGUGUACUGCUUCUCAUUCUCUGCCUCCUCCUAGUGAGGGCACUUGUAUUUGGAGUUCUGUGGAUCGUUCUUGGGAAACGAGUAUGGUUCUUCCCGAACAUACUUGCAGAAGAGGCCACACUGAAAGAGUUAUUCCAGUUUUGGCCACAGAAGGAUGAGGGAGAGCGGCCCAAGUGGACAUCUCGGUUGGUUUACGCAAUGGUGGCCGUUUUGGUCAUCAUACUUUUGAGGCACCAUGCUCCUGAUGAAGCUGCUAGAGCCAGGUACCAGAAGAGGGUAUCAAAUAUAAUCGACGACGUUCUUGAGUGGUCCCCAAGGCUUGCCCUGUCAGGUAUGAUGGAGAAGCAGAAUUUGGCUAACGUGACGGAUCCAAAGAACGUCACGGAUAGUGGGGCUGAAAAUACGGAGGCCGAAGAAGAGAUGAGAAAUGCAGGGGACACAGAUCACAAUCAUCAUCAGUGACCGACUGUUGGAAAUGAUGUGCACCGCCAUAGGAUUGAAGAGUCGUGGUUAGGUUAUCCCCCUUGGACACAAAUGGGCUUUCCUCUUUUCUUUGUGUUUUUGUUUUGCUUGGAAUAAUGUCAGUCGUGGUUAUCCAUUAUGGGUGUAGAAUCUUGUACUGUUAUUACAAGUAUCAAAGAUCGGUUUUAACAUAUUGAACUAACACUUGUGUGCUUUGUUUUUAUCUCCGUUCUUUCCUUUUUAUUGACAUAGCUCAACGAACAAUAUAUAUACUUACAAUGACCUUGUGAUCACACUUCUUUAAAAUACUUUAUUUUGUCCUCUUUAUUAGUUUUUCACUUUUUUGUGAGACGAACGAAGCCAUGAGGUGGACUGGUGGAGAGAUGGUGCCUUCUUUUCUGUUUUAUUUAUUUAUUGUUCCUUAUA